AGGAAAUUUCCAGUUUGAAAAAGAGUAUAAAAAUGAAUUUUUACCAUCUGCAGUCAUCCAGUUGAGUUUAGUCUGUUCUUGUAACACAUUUGCUCAAUAUGAAGACUUUGAUGCUUUUCACCCUUUUCACUUGGGCCAGCUCGGUUCCACUGGGUUGGUCUCCAACAGGCAAUUGGUACAAUCAACAACCAAUAGUUCCUGGCUUAGGUAGCCAAUUGCAAUGGAAUAAUCUCUCACCAGCCCAAAAAGCAUCCUACGAAAUUGCCCAUCAAAUCGAAGUCGCUGAAGCUGAAAACGUCAACAAGGUGCAGCAAGCCCAACCAACAAACUGGGUUAAUGGAGAGCAAUGGAAAACCAACAUUUUAGCCCACCAAGCUGCCCAAGAAGUGCUUAAGAACGCCGUUGAAGCCAGGCAAGGCCAAACGGUAGAAUCAAUUGUCGAUAUUGAGAAACAGCUUCAGCAGAAUGUCUUGGGGGUACCCCAGCCACUGGAGCAAGUUGUAGCGGCCAAAGCCAUAAAUGGAUUAAAUAAAAAACUGCAAUUGCUACAAAUGGCCAAGGAAAGUAUCCUUCCAACCUCUCAAUUAUCUCAAUCUCUUGAAGCAGCCAUUGCAGCCCAGUUAGUUUCUGAUAAUGUUGAAGUUGAAAUGGAACAUCAAGGACACUCUCUUGGCAACGUAAGACAACCUUCUGGAGUUUUCAGAUCCAGAGUGGAACAGCUCAUUGACCAAACGAACAUUGAGGAAAUUGAAAUGGAAAUCGUCAAUCAACUAGUCAUUAUCAAGCAACUCCAGCAACAAAAGCAAUUUACGUCUCAACAAUUAGAAGUCAUCGUUGCUGAGUUGGUAGUUCUUCAAAAGCAAGGAGCCAGCAUUAACCAGUUACAACAGCUGCAUCAAGCUCAGCUUCAACUUCAACAACAAGAGAAGCAAUUAGUUGUUAACAUUCUUGCACGUCAACAAGUCGUUCAGCAACUGAAACAGGCUCUUGUUGAACAACAAAUUAAUCUUCAACACAACAUUAUGGCCGAACACGCUCAGCCAAUUCAAAAAUGGUCUGUUGACCCAUGGUCCCAAAGUUUAGGACAGAAUGUUCCAAGUUGGAGAUUGUCUCCAUGGUCCAGGAUGGGUAGUAUAUGGAAGCAAGGAAACUGGAUUAAUUGAGUGAACGAUUAAAAUGAUUAUUUGGUUA